AUGGAUGUGCAUUGCCCCACCCUCCUGCUGCUGCCCGUCUCCACAGGGGUCCUGUCACAGGUGACCCCAAAGGAGGCUGGUCUGGGGCUGGGGACACCCACCCAGACCCUGAGGCUGACAUGCACCUUCUCUGGGUUCUCACUGAGCCCCUCUGGCAGUAUGGGCUGGGUCCACCAGCCUGCAGGGAUGGCCCUGGAGUGGCUUGCAGACAUUUGGUGGGACAAUGACAAGUACUGCAGCCCAUCCCUGAAGAGCCAGCUCACAAUCUCCAAGGACGCCUCCCAAAACCGGGUGGUCUUAACAAUGACUGGCCUGUGCCCUGUGAGGGGCGUGAGCGCUAAGGGGCUGCAGUCGGAUCCCGGCCCAGGCGCGUGCGCUGGGGUGUGUGUGGCAGUUUCUGACCAGGAUGUGUCUGUGUUUGCAGGUGUCCAGUGUGAGGUGCAGCUGGUGGAGUCUGGAGGAGGCUUGGUCCAGCCUGGGGGGUCCCUGAGACUCUCCUGUGCAGCCUCCGGAUUCACCUUCAGCAGCUACUGGAUGUAUUGGAUCCGCCAGGCUCCAGGGAAGGGGCUGGAGUGGGUGGGAGAGAUUAAUGGUAAUGGUGGUAGCACAUACUACGCAGACGCCGUGAAGGGCCGAUUCACCAUCUCCAGAGACAACGGCAAGAACACGGUGUCUCUGCAAAUGAACAGUCUGAGAGCCGAGGACACGGCCCUGUACUACUGUGCCAGACACAGUGUGCGGCUACAGGAGUCGGGCUCAGGGCUGGUGACGCCAUCUCAGACACUGUCCCUCCCCUGUGUCACCUCUGCACUGUCCAUCCCACGCUGUGGGUACUGCUACAGCUGCGUCUGCCAGCCCUGGGGCCCGGGACAGGACCGCGUCAGGAACACAUGCUCCGCAGGGAGCGCAAGUUACACCGUGUCCCGCAAGAGCUGA